GACACGUCUCACUGGGACAAUGGCAGACGAGCCCCCAGCAACGUGCAGGGCAUGCGACCGGUGAUUGUUGUUUUGUGCUGGCGCACCUCUGACAUGGAGUGAAUAUGUCUAACGGAAUUACUGCUCUGGCUGAUUGAGCCUGCAGCAGUAGUUUUGGCGUUUUGCAGGCUUAAUUGACAUCAGCUUUGAAGCCGUGAAAAAAACAUAUUUUCGUUUGCGCACGAAUGCAUUGGACUGGAGGAACUGCCGUCGGAGUAUUCUGAGAUAGUUCCAAACCCGUUCGAAGUGCGAUAACAAGAGAAUGUUGAUACGAUGCUGAGCCAUUGUGGUCAAAAUAACUCUCAAAAUGGGUUACCCACAAUAAGUCUCGAAAAUUGACUGUAAUGCUUCGAGCAUCAAGCAUUCUAGAAGCAAGGGUGUUUUACAAUAUUUGAUAACGUAAGAAAUAAAAAUAUAUGCGGCUUGUGGGACCUUUGAAUGUGGACAAAAGUUUGCAUCUCCACUGGAAUGCCGAGCCAGCCGCCAAUCAGCUGGCUUCUCGGGCGUCUGCCGGUGACCUCGGCUGGCCCGCGGCGCCAGAGGUCACCCGGGUCACCCGUCUGGGCAGCGGGUGGCAGUUGGGACGACGGCGAGCAGCGGGUGCCAGCGGCGGAGGUUUGCAUUCUGGCGGGACGUUGUUUCUGAGGCCAACCUACAUCUACCAAUCAAGUAGCGAUGCGUCUGCUGUCUGCCGUUCUGCUGGUGGUGCUGGCGGGGGCCGUUACAGCUGACCCUCUGAGGGGUCACGGCCUGGUUCACGGGCGCGGCCUGGGUCACGGCCUGGGUCACGGUCGCGGCCCACGGCUCGGUCUCGUCCGUCCCCGCCUUGGCCACCCUCGUGUACCCCUGCGCCGUGGGCCGGUGCACCACGGCGUGCACCAUCCUGUGCACCAUCCUGUGCACCAUCCUGUGCACCACUCGGUGCACCAGCGUCGGCUCGGCUCUCGCCACGCUGUCCUACCGGCUCUGAAACCCGUCCGGCCCGGCUUCGGAGGCCUGCCCGUCGCUAAAGGUCACCGAGGCAGCUGCCCGCCGCGCCGCCCGUUCUGCCCCCGGAAGGCGUACUCGUCCGCUCGGCCCCAGGUGUGCAAGGGCGACUUCUCGUGCAGCUACGCCGACAAGUGCUGCUACGACGCGUGCCUGGAGCUGAGGGUCUGCAAGCCGGCUCACUGAAGCGAGACGCGCUGGAAGCCGCCACUGAGCAGAGACGCGCAGGAAGCCAGGUCGCCUCCAGUGGUCUGGCUACUGAUCAUCCAUGAUCCAAGUGCGGUCCCCGGCGCUCGCUUUUCGGUGUGCGACCCGUUUCAAGAGCGGUGCCGAAUGAAUUUUAUGGAUUUGGCUGCGUGAACUUGACCAUGCUCUUAGUUUUACCUAUAUAACAGUUUUUAAAUAAAUAAUUGGAGCUGGUGCCUGUAUGUUGGAUUGCUGAAUGUUGUCAUUUUAGAAUUUUGUAUUUCCGGCUGUAGAAAGCUUUUUGCCUGGUGAUGUGAUCUGUUCGGCGUGCCUGUGAAAAUGUGUUCCUGGAUUUCGCUAUAAUACACUCGCUCCAUGAUCA